GCUGAGUAUUAUGGGAUGCUGGCUCUGGGCUCUAGGCCCCACGCUGACUAUUAUGGGCUGCACGGCAGGGAUCUCCGUGGGAACCCCUUUAUCUGUGACUGUGGGUUGCGCUGGUUGGUUCCAUUCCUGGGCAGUUCGGUGCCCAACGUUGAGGUCGGGAUCUGCCGGGGACCCCCCCGACACGAAGGGACCCCCAUCACACAGCUGAGGAUACGGGACUUCCAGUGCAACAGACAUGAGCUGCAGCCGUUCCAGUCGCUGCCGUUCUCGUCGCUGUCCGCGGAGCCGUUUGUGGUUGGGGGGCAGCACUAUGGGGUGGCGCUGGCUCAGCCCUUUUCAGGCUCCUGCGCCCUAUUGGAAUGGGAUCAAAUGGGGGGACGAUUCCGGACACACAGCGUCGUCAAUGCCUCGUCCCCGGUGUGGUGCCACCCCGUCCCCAUAGCGGACUCCCUGGUUCUGGUUGUGGCCCAGCUCCACGGCACCUCGUCCGUGUGGCGUCGCGUUGGCGGCCCCGAUGGACGCUUCGUCCUAUUCCAAGUUAUAGGGUCGGGCCUGUUACGUCGGCCCCAUUCCAUCAGCAGCGCCCGCUUAGGGGGCCACCUAUAUAUAGGGGUGGCCGAUAGCUCCAAGGGGGGCAGCAGCACCCUAUAUCGAUGGGGCAGGGGGGGGUUCUACCCCCAUCAGACAUUAAGGCCGUGGAAUAGGGACACCCAUAUGGAGUUCAUGGAGUUGGGGGGCAGACCAGCCUUAGUGGUUUGCAGUGGGGCCAGGAGACCCACGGUCUAUAGGAUGAGCCGGGGGGUGUUUGAGCCCCACACCGACAUCCCACAUGUACCCGAUGUUUAUAUGGCCAAGCACUACAAGGUGGAGGGGAACGUCUACCUGUGUCUCACCAGGUUCCUGGGGGAUGCCAAGGUGAUGCGCUGGGAGGGCUCCAUGUUCCGCGAGGUCCAGCAGCUCCCAGCUCGCGGCUCGUUGGUUUUCCAGCCCGUUUCCAUCUCGUCCCAUCGUUACGUGUUUAUGGGGAACGAUUUCGGCCCCACUCGUGUUUAUGGGUUGGACCCCACGGGACGUUUAGAACCCAAACAGGAGCUGCUGACCCCAACCCCGAGAGCCUUCGCCCCCAUUGAGGUUGGGGGGCAGCACUUCGUGGUGGUGGCCAGUUUUAAAGGGGCCACGCGGGUUUAUCGGCACGUCACCGUGGAUGUGGGGACGUGAAUUGGG